UUUGCCUUUGUUUGUUCUUUCUUGUUAAAACUCUUUAGCUCUUUUUCUUUCAAAGAUUCUUGGACUUGGACUUUACAAUAAGGAAAAAAAAAAAACUUUUGGUGUGUUGCUUGCAACUUUCUUGGAUAUAGUCUAUCUGGUAAAGGUUUAGCAAUCUUGAGUUCUAGCAACUGAUACACAAAUGGCUAUAAAGAAAAACGGGUUCAUUCCAAGUUCUGCACCAGAAGAACUGAAGAAAGUUUUGAAAGCAGUGGCAUCCGAAUGGGGAGAUAUGAUAGAAGAUAUGGAAGAAUUUCAUGUGAUUCCUUUGAAGGGGGCUAUGACUAACGAGGUUUUUCAGAUAAACUGGCCAACAAAGCAUGGUGAUCUUCAUCAGAAAGUGUUGGUCCGGGUUUAUGGUGAGGGUGUGGAAGUGUUCUUCGAUAGGGAUGAUGAGAUUAGGACCUUUGAGUGCAUGUCAAAGCACGGUCAGGGACCUAGGCUUCUUGGGCGGUUUGCAGAUGGAAGGAUUGAGGAGUUCAUUCAUGCCAGGACACUCUCUGCUGCUGACCUCCGUGACCCUGAAAUAUCUGCUCUUGUAGCAGCUAAAUUGAGAGAGUUCCACAAUCUUCAUAUGCCUGGUCCAAAAGAUGUACUUCUCUGGGAGAGAUUGAGGACAUGGCUUAGUCAGGCAAAGAAAUUGUGUUCCCCAGAAGAUGCAAAAGAAUUUGGCUUGGACAUUCUAGGAGAGGAAAUCAGCAUGCUAGAGAAAGAGUUAACACAGGGUUCUCAAGAUAUUGGGUUUUGUCACAAUGAUUUGCAAUAUGGUAACAUAAUGAUGGAUGAAGAGACAAGAGCAAUUACCCUAAUCGACUAUGAGUAUGCAAGUUACAAUCCUGUUGCUUAUGAUCUUGCAAAUCACUUCUGUGAGAUGGCAGCAAAUUAUCAUUCUGAGACACCCCAUAUUUUGGACUACAGCAUAUACCCUGAUCUGGAGGAGCGCCAAAGAUUCAUCAGUGCAUAUCUCACCCCUUCAGGUAAUGAACCUGGUGAAGCUGAAGUGGCGCAGCUACUUAAUGAUGCAGAGAAGUACACUCUUGCUAAUCAUCUGUUUUGGGGCUUAUGGGGAAUUAUCUCGGGUCAUGUAAACAAGAUAGACUUUGACUACAUGGAGUAUGCAAGGCAGAGGUUUCAGCAGUACUGGUUAAGAAAGCCCUUGCUCUUAGGUUCCUGACUCUUUGAGGCAUUGUCCACGUUGACAAAAAACACUGUAGCAUUGAGUGCAGCUAAAGAUUCGCAAAGGUUAAUGUACUAAAAAUGUAGCCUGUUGAUGGUGCUGAUAAAAUUCAGUGAAAAGCAUUAGUAAAUGUAACAUAAAAGCGUUGAGGAUGGCUUGGGAUUUGCAUCCACGCGUGAAAUAGUAAGGCUUUUUUUCCUAUAGAGAAAGCAAAAACUUGUGGUUUUAAUAGAUUAAUAUUUCAAAUAUGUACACUCCAAGGGCUUGCUUGUUACAUUAGCAUUUAAACUCUUUAAGGAUUAUUAAUUUUAUGAUUCAA